AUGAUGAUGACGUGCCGUCUGCUGUGCGCCCUGUUGGUGCUCGCCCUGUGCUGCUGCCCGUCCGUUUGCGCGGCAGGGAGUGAAGAUGAAAAAGAUAGACCUGAAGAAGAUUCCGAUUCAACGAAUUUUAAUCCAGAGGUAACAAAUCAGGUGACGCAAUUGCUUAGUACAACUUCUAUUUCUUCGCCAGAGAUACACAAUGAAGGGAGAGGGACGGAAGAUUCACAAAAAAUGGGGAUUCUUGCGUCAUAUACAACGGGUACAAUAGAAGAAACGCCACAGUCACAAAAUACUUCCAAUAUUACACAGGAUCAAGAUGAUGGGGAGUCUAAUGAACGGACAGAACAUACGAAUACUGUUACGGCAAAUGGACAAAAGAAGGCCGCCGCACCAACAACGACCACGAGUACAACACAGGCACCAACCACUUCAAAUACACAGGCGCCAACCACGACGACGACCACCCGCACACCGUCACGUCUUCGCGAAAUCGACGGCGGCCUCAGCAGCUCUGCGUGGGUGUGUGCCCCGCUGCUGCUCGCCGUAUCCGCGCUGGCGUACACCGCUGUGGGCUGA